CUGAGGAAAGAAAGCGAACAAAUGCUCUGGGCCCUAGCCCCUGCCCUAGCCAUGGCUCCUGGGGCUCCCUCUUCCAGUCCCAGUCCUAUCCUGGCUGCGCUACUCUUCUCUUCUUUGGUGCUAUCCCCAGCCCAGGCCAUUGUGGUUUACACGGACAGGGAGGUCCAUGGUGCUGUGGGCUCCCAGGUGACCCUGCACUGCUCCUUCUGGUCCAGUGAGUGGGUCUCAGAUGACAUCUCUUUCACCUGGCGCUACCAGCCUGAAGGGGGCCGAGAUGCCAUUUCGAUCUUCCACUAUGCCAAGGGACAGCCCUACAUCGACGAGGUGGGGACCUUCAAAGAGCGCAUCCAGUGGGUAGGGGACCCUCGCUGGAAGGAUGGCUCCAUUGUCAUACACAACUUAGACUACAGUGACAACGGCACUUUCACUUGUGAUGUCAAAAACCCUCCAGACAUAGUGGGCAAGACUUCUCAGGUCACACUCUAUGUCUUUGAAAAAGUGCCCACUAGGUACGGUGUAGUGCUGGGAGCUGUGAUCGGGGGUAUCCUCGGGGUGGUGCUGCUGCUGGUGCUGCUUUUCUACCUGGUUCGGUACUGCUGGCUACGCAGGCAAGCGACCCUGCAGAGGAGGCUCAGUGCCAUGGAGAAGGGGAAAUUUCACAAGUCUUCCAAGGACUCGUCGAAGCGUGGGCGGCAGACGCCAGUGCUGUAUGCCAUGCUGGACCACAGCAGAAGCACCAAAGCUGCCAGCGAGAAGAAGUCUAAGGGGCUGGGGGAGUCUCGCAAGGAUAAGAAAUAGCGGUUAGCGGGCCGGGCAGGGAGGCGGGGGUCAGGGGCGGAGUCCUCCAAAGGCGCUCAGGUGGUGGUCAUUGAGAUGGAGCUUCGGAAGGAUGAGCAGAGCUCGGAGCUCCGGCCUGCUGUCAAGUCCCCCAGCAGAACCAGCCUCAAGAACGCCCUCAAGAACAUGAUGGGCCUGGACUCGGACAAGUGAUCACCAUCCUCCAGGCCCUGCCAGAGCAGGGGGACCUAGGCUCCUCUUAGCCCCUGUCUAGGUGCUUUCCUCUUGCUCCCCAGCCCUGCCCUGCCCUCACCUCCCAUUGAGAUGUAAGUUUUAUUGCAAAAUUCAUUCCCAAGCACUUGUAUUCCUUCCUCACUUUUACCCCCUUGGCUUUCUGGAAGCCUGGGAACUAAUCCUACCCCUCACCUGCCCCAAAGGCUGUGUGUUUGGUGCCUGUCACUCAGGCACCGAGAAGAAAGGGACCUUGAUAGCCUCUGUCCCAACUCCAGAUGGUCUGGCCUUCCCAUCCCCUGCGCCCCAGCUGACUCCCUGGCUCUUUCCUGUCCCUCCCUUCCUUCCCUUGGGUGCCCAGCUCCAUUCUCUGCCACCAGCUAACACCCACAGCAUCCAGAUCAGACUCCUUCUUCAGGGUUUAUUUAGGUUGUUUAUUAUUUUUUAUUUUUAAUCCAUUCUUUUGUUUACCUGAGCCCAUGCCCCCAUGACUGAGGUCCAAUGACGUCAUGUGGCUUUUGCAGUUCCCCAUACCCCACUAUGUCUUUUUAUGGAGAUCCAACCAGUCCAAGCAGAGGAGCCCUGAUCCUCAGACUUCAGCUACAUGAUUGCUGCCCUCUGACCACUCCUGAACACUGUGCUGGGACUCAAGAUCUUGGGGAAGGAGAGUGAGGGAAUGGAUCCUCACAGAUUAGGGGUAGAAAGAAGGGGAAAAAUGAGCCUUAAGAAAUGGUUUUAAAAUAAUCAAAUAGAAAGCAGGAAAAACAAAUGGGAAAUGGGGGAGAAAGGAAGAGGCUGUACUCCCAGCCCCAGGGGAUUCUUAGGAUUUUUCUACAUUCUGUAUAUUUCUUCUUCCACCUGUCCUUAAAUGUUUAAUAAACACUGACAUUUCCA